AUGUUUGUUAUACCAUAUUAUGAACCAGCAGUGGAAAUUUAUAGUCCUACAGAAAGCGCAAAUUUAGAAGAGUGUAACAUGCUUGAACAACGUCUUCAGUUUCUCGGAAUAAAAAGUUCUUCAAUUCAAAGAGAAUUAGGAGUUGGAAGGAACUCUCAUAUCGAAAACAAAGUACCAAAAAGUGAAAUAAUGAUUAACCCAUUUGAAUCUUUGAAACUGCAACAGAACGUAAAACGAAUAGAAGUGAAGAAAGAAAAAGGUUCUGUGAGAUCGUGGUUAUGGCUUCAGUAUUUAUCUUAUCACGGAAACUGCUCACUGUGUGAUCGUCCAUUGAAUGCACAUUUCGAAGAAAUUGUAAUGCAAAGAUGCGCACACGCAUUGCAUCUUGAAUGUGCAGAAGAAAUACGUCAAAAUCGACAUGUUAAAUCAAAAAAGAUGAUAUCAGAAAUGAAGAAAGAUAUAAAAGAAGUACGAGCAGUAAAAGAUAAAUGGGAACUUGUUCCGGCGUUUCUACGGGUUCGUGGACUUGUAAAGCAACAUAUAGCUAGCUAUGAUUACUUCGUCAAUACGGAUAUAAAGAAGAUUUUGCAAGCUAAUAACAAAAUCACAAGUGAUGCCAAUCCAUCGUUUUAUUUGAAGUAUUUAGAUAUUCGUGUUGGAAUGCCAGCCAGUGAAGAAGGUUUCAAUCAAAUCAACCAUAAUAUUAAUCCUCAUGAAUGCCGUCUUCGGGAUAUGACUUAUUCUGCACCUAUUUCAGUUGACAUUGAGUACACUCGGGGCAGUCAGCGUGUCUUGAGGAAUGAUCUUGUUAUCGGAAAAAUGCCAGUUAUGCUACGUUCUAGUAGAUGUGUCUUAAAAGAUAUGAACGAAAGAGAAUUAGCCUUUGUUCAAGAAUGUCCUUACGAUCCAGGAGGUUAUUUCAUUGUUCGUGGAUCAGAAAAAGUAGUUCUUAUCCAAGAACAGUUGUCCAAAAAUCGUAUUAUGAUCGGACGUAACAGCAAAAAAGAGUUGCAGUGUGAGGUUCUUAGUUCUACUCAGGAGCGCAAAAGUAAGACAUAUAUCACUAGUAAAAAGCAGCGUUAUUACGUUCGUCACAACCAACUGUCUGAUGACGUACCAGUGUCUAUCGUUUUCAAAGCUAUGGGAUUUGAAUCAGACCACGAUAUUGUCUCAACAGUUGGCUCGGAGGAGAAGUUUGUUGCCGCCUUAGCACCAUCAAUUGAAGAGUGCACAAGCCAUCAGAUUGCAACUCAAGAGGGAGCACUACAGUAUAUUGCUUCUAAGGUUAAAAUGAAGAAAUUUGGGGUCGCAAAUUCAGUUACACCUUCACUUCCACGUGAGCACGAAGCAAUCGAUUUUUUAUCUAAUUCUAUGAUUGCUCAUGUGCCAUGUCCUGAUGGAAAUAUGAAGAUGAAAGCUAUUUAUUUAGGUUUAAUGAUCAGAAGGUGA